GUGGCUACAGAGCUCUUUUCUGUGGCACAUGUGCAAGCGCGGCACUACUCCGCACUAGACCUCUAACGCGAUGAAAUCCGGAAAUCGCGACAGUCGCGACCAGCUGGCCCGACUUCAUGGCCACAGGUGCUAUAUACUUCUGUUACACGUUUCUGUAAACUAUUUGAUGGUUGAGCAUUCGAGUUACAGACGAUGAUGCAACGUUGAGUGCAUUCAAACCUUUCCUUGCCCUGCAACGGCAAUUUUGCUAUCUGCUAUGGCUGCCGCGCCACCUAUGUUCAUACUGGUGCUAUGCUUGGCUGCCGUUGCCAAUGCUUGUAACCCUUUCACCCUGGAGACUUCAAGGAUUGGUCCUGCUCACCGGCGGAGCGUGAUUGAGAAGUCGCUCAGCUCUGCAGUGCAAGCCAGCUCAUACAUAUCUCGGCGCAGCCUGGCUGCCAACCCUGCUGCCAACAAGGCGCCCCCGUCUCCACCUGCGGCUGUGUGCACAUGCCUGCCUGAGACUUCAGUGUGCGGCUGCUCACCCUAUCGGCUGUCAGGGCCCGUGGUGACGCCGCUGUCACCCAAUGUAUUUCCCUUCUUCACGGGCACUAGGUUCUGCUUCACGAUUCAGUCUGUCGGAUGUGGCAUCACUCCCCUGCCCUGCUGUAUUACGGCGGCCACCGCCCCGCUGGAGCAAGUGCUGCUCAAUGUCGGCAAGCAGUGCACGGGCCGCUUCGUUGACUACACUGUUAACGGCCAGUCAUGGUUGGAUUCGGGUGUGGAUGGGCCCUACCCCAAGUCGUCAGUGGUGUACUUCAACAACCUGGGCCUUAGCCUGCUGACUGCCGCCGGCACACAGCUGUGUGUGGCCACCACUGACCAGGUGGGGCUCGGCGCUCCCUGCGAGAAGGUCAAGACUCUGUGUGACGACCCAAGGGAUGGAAACUGCAGGUACAUGUUCCGAGAGGGUGACAACGCAACUGUGUGCCCAGCCUGUGGUACGGUGCCUGAGCCCCUGCCACCUCCGUCACCACGCCCCCCAUCUCCGCAUCCCCCGGUACCCCCGUCACCUCUUCCGCCACCUUCUCCCCUGCCGCCGAGCCCCCUGCCUCCGCACCCACCCAGCCCUACCCCGCCCAGCCCUCCUCCCUCGCCUGUGCCUCCGUCUCCCACGCCCCCCAGCCCGGCGCCGCCUAGCCCGGCGCCGCCUAGCCCGGCGCCUCCCAGCCCUCCUCCCUCGCCUGUGCCUCCGUCUCCCGCGCCUCCCAGCCCGGCGCCGCCUAGCCCGGCGCCUCCCAGCCCUCCUCCCUCGCCUGUGCCUCCGUCUCCCGCACCUCCCAGCCCGGCGCCGCCUAGCCCGGCGCCUCCCAGUCCUCCUCCCUCGCCUGUGCCUCCGUCUCCCGCACCUCCCAGCCCGGCGCCGCCUAGCCCGGCGCCUCCCAGCCCGCCUCCCUCGCCUGUGCCUCCGUCUCCCGCGCCUCCCAGCCCGGCGCCGCCUAGCCCGGCGCCUCCCAGCCCUCCUCCUUCGCCGGUGCCUCCGUCUCCCGCGCCUCCCAGCCCGGCGCCGCCUAGCCCGGCGCCUCCCAGCCCUGCUCCCUCGCCUAUGCCUCCAUCUCCCGCACCUCCCAGCCCGGCGCCGCCUAGCCCUGCACCUCCCAGCCCGCCUCCCUCGCCUGUGCCUCCGUCUCCCGCACCUCCCAGCCCGGCGCCGCCUAGCCCUGCACCUCCCAGCCCACCUCCCUCGCCUGUGCCUCCAUCUCCCGCACCUCCCAGCCCUCCUCCCUCGCCUUUGCCUCCGUCUCCCGCACCUCCCAGCCCGGCGCCGCCUAGCCCGGCGCCUCCUUACCCUCCUCCCUCGCCUGUGCCCCCUUCUCCCGCACCUCCCAGCCCGGCGCCGCCUAGCCCGGCGCCUCCCAGCCCUCCUCCCUCGCCUGUGCCUCCGUCCCCCACGCCUCCCAGCCCGGCGCCGCCUAGCCCGGCACCUCCCAGCCCUCCUCCCUCGCCUGUGCCUCCGUCUCCCGCACCUCCCAGCCCGGCGCCGCCUAGCCCGGCGCCUCCCAGCCCUCCCCCCUCGCCUGUGCCUCCGUCUCCCGCACCUCCCAGCCCGGCGCCGCCUAGCCCGGCGCCUCCCAGCCCUCCUCCUUCGCCGGUGCCUCCGUAUCCCGCACCUCCCAGCCCGGCGCCGCCGAGUCCUGAGCCACCGUCACCUGCUCCGCCUUACCCGCCUUCACCAGCUCCUCCUUACCCUGCACCGUCAUAUCCACCUUCUCCGGCGCCCUUCUAUCCUCCUUCACCUGCCCCAUCGUAUCCACCUUCUCCUGCACCCUCCUACCCUCCUUCGCCCGCCCCAUCGUAUCCACCUUCUCCGGCGCCCUCCUAUCCGCCUUCACCUGCCCCAUCGCCCCCGGCGCCUCACCCGCCGUCGCCAGCCCCAUCCCCCAAGCCUCCGUCGCCUCUUCCUCCAUCGCCAACUCCUCCGCUUCCUCCUUCGCUGAAGCCUCCAUCGCCAGCUCCACCAUCGCCAGUACUCGCACCUGAGCCGCCAUCACCGGAGCCUCUUACACCUAGUCCUCGAGCCCCGAAGCCACCCCGGCCGCCCCCCAACCCGCCCAUCCUGCAGACGCACGGCUGCCGCACGGCGGUGUCUGGCCAACCCUACUCCCUGAGUCCUCUGGCGCAAGUGGCCUCUGGCGUACAGCCGGACGUGCCUGCGGACGAGGAACAGAGUGACUCCCCUCCCAUGCUGCCACCGGGCCCCUGGGCUACGUACUGCACCACGGUCAGCCUACGCUGGGGCUUCACAGCCGGCCGCUGCUCUCCAGGCGAACCCAGCUCGCAGUGCUGCGGCAUGAACUUUGAAAAAUUGGAGACCCUCAUUGACGGGGCCUGCCGGCGCUCAAUAUUCAACAUGACUGUAAACGGAGUCUUUCGGGAGCGCAUCAUCUCUCCCUACUCGCAGUGGAACGCUGUUAGCUUCAAGUGGACGGCAAUGGAUUUGAGUCCUACACAGGCCUCCUCCACGACCUUCUGCUUCACGGCUGUGGGUAGCUGCGCCGACCUGUCGGUACUGGCGCUGCAGGGCCGGCUGCAGGCGGCUGUGUUCGACCCCACACACACUUGUUGCCCCACCUUUUUCCUCUACACCGGCCGACACCGACGCCUGGGGUAGUCCAUCCCUUUGAGGUCAUAACGGCAUCCGUACAGUAGUUUCCAUAUCUUAUUGCAUGCGUGGCGCGUACGUACCAUACUAUGGUGGUGGGUGCACGCGCUGGCUAGAUGCAACUGCCGAUUCAUUCUUCAGCGGGUGCUGCGUUUGCGCAUGUUAGGCAAGUAGGUGCAUGUAGAAUGCAUUGGGCCAUCACGCGGCCAGAAGUACUGAACGCAAUGCCAUAUAGGAACAGGAAAUAGUGAGCUAGCAGUGUAGAUAGUAUAUUGCGCCAUUGCGCUGGUGUGAGGGAGCAGGGUGAUGCAUCGGCUGACAGUGCAGCGAAGCCAGUGGCGUCUGUUGUUAGGUCAAUGCCUGAGUGUGUCAGAUGCUAUUGAUUAACAUCGGAAAGGUAUUAUUUUGCUGAUUGCCAGUCGCCAGGGUCCGCCAUGCCAGCGUUGGCGGGUACGGUUCUGGCGCUGUUCAGCCGUCGUGUUCAGGUUGUCUGAAGCUUGUGGGAAGUGCCGUCCGUACAUACAUCAGGAGAGGCAGCCCUGAGGCAGCCGGAUGGACCUCACUCUCAACUUCCUGCGUAUAAUGUAACCAUCUCCUGAG